AUGUCCAGUCAAGGGGGAAAGAAGCCUAUCAAGGACAGGGUCAUCUUUCCUGUUGGGCGUUUGCUUCACUACAUGACGAGGGGUCUGUCCAAGUAUCGCAUAAGCGUUGGGGCACCUGUAUAUCUGGCUGUAGUUCUGCAGUAGGCCUAUCUCACUGCUUAAAUCUUGGACCUGGCAAGAAAUGCUGCCAGAGAACCAAGAAGGGUCACAUCACGCCACGACACAUUAAGUUUGCCAUCGCAAACGACAAGGAGUUGAACCAGUUGCUGAAAGGUUUGACCAUCACAGCAGGUGGAGUCCUGCCCAACAUCCAUACAGAGCUGCUAGCCAAGGUCAAGAAGUCUACAGCCAAGAAAAUGAGUGGGAGAAGGGCGGGAGGGAAGGCUAAGGACACCAUGCUGAUCUGCACGUCAUCCUUGCUGGAGAGGAGGAAGCCCAUGGUGGUUAAUGAUGGUGCUUCUGCCUGCAGGGGAGUCCACACUAGUUCCAGUAAGAACACCUCUUAUAUGGGAGGGAGUGUGAUGACCCCUCCAGACCACUAG